AUGAAAAACAUUCACUCACUUACCAAUGGUCAGUACUCCGCUUCCCGAGCCUUGGCUGAGGUUUCACAAGCUUUACAUGGCGAUUAUCCACUGCACAACAUUCUAACUAAGAAUAUUGGUCUGCAAAAAAAUGUCACUCCUCGAAAAACUAGUAGAAAGUUCCUCGCCAUCUGGAACAAAGCAUGUCUGCUGACGGUUGGGAGAUUGCGGGCCUCUCAGUCCCCUUUACAGCGGUCUCACGGUCAAAAAGAGCCCUCAUCUGGCGGCCAUCACAGUACAGAAGGGGUUGUACAGCUCGGGAGUUCGAACAAAGAAAAUGCUGAUCCACACGCAGCAUGUGAAUUCCCGGGUAUGCGUUUUGUGAGUGACAACAUCAGCGAGGACGAUGUGCCAAUCGCGCAGUGGCCACGAGGCGAGAAGUACGGCGUUCUACUCCAGAAAAGUGCUGUCUCGAAAACGGGCAAGGAGGAAGCUGCGUCUGCUUUGUUGGAGCUCCGCCAUUAUCGAUGA